GUUACGCUGGAAAUAUCGAUAUACAGAAUGUUAGAAAUUAUCACGGUGAUGCAUAUAAUAAGCUUCUGCGGUAGCAGUUACAUCGAGGAAGAACAUCAGACAUGGUACUUUUUCUGGUCUACUUUAAUCGCAUACUUUGCUUAUAGAUAUUUUACGAAACUAUUCAAAUUGAUGAUGCACUAUCGAAACAAUAUAGUAGAAUCAACCGAAUAUUAUGUAGAACGCUGCGUUAUGCUGUUAUUGCUAUUUUUGGGACACAUAUUUCUGCGAAAGCUAAACAGCACAGGCAACAAGUGGGCCCACCUGCCUGACAUAGCUCAGUGGUUGAAAGAGGACGAUAGUAAAAUCGGCAUGACACUCCUACUUUUAACUGCAUUUGCUCUUCUAAUUCGGAUUGCUUAUAAAUUUGAAGAAGAAGAAUACAAGCGGCAAUCGUUGUUUCAGAAUAUAGCUAUCGCAGUAUGUAUAUAUCUUCGCCAUAUGUCCAACGGUGCCGUCGUGAAAAUUCCACUAUAUUCCUCAAGUGGAAUAUAUGAGGUACAAAUAUUUUGGGGAAUAAUAGCGAUAUCUCUGAUAAACUAUGGAUACCGAGUGAUAAGGAAAAUUAAGCAUUAUACGUAUAAUUUUAUGAGUAUAAUGGUAUUCUUUAUCAUAAAUAUGUGGGUGAGGAUCUCGGCGAUGUUGCACCAACCGUACAAUGUGAUCCUGUUGCCGAUGCAGAUCAUUGUAAGCUCAAUAAUUAACACUGUAUUGAGAGAAAACGAUUCGCUCGAUCGUGGAGUUUUCUUACAUUAUUGGCUGGGCAAUGUAUUUUAUUUCUAUCAGGGAAACUCCAAUAGCCUUGGGAGUGUAAACAUUGCGGCAGGAUAUGUCGGUCUACAAUCUUACAUGCCUUUUGUUACCGCUGUGUAUUUAAUCAUCAAUACUUAUUCCGCGCCUGUCCUGGCUUACUUCCUGCUCAUUUACCAUUGGAAAAUGACUCCACAGUCCUUAAGAGGAUUGUACAUACAAACAAGUGUUACAUCGCGUGGAGGCUCCUGACGACAACUGCCUACAUGUUCUUUAUCAUCUUCCAGCUUAACCAUUUGUUUGUGUUGUCGGUGUACUUACCGAAAUUGUUA